UGUUCCCGGCGGUCGAGAUGGCGUAUCCGGACGUGACCAUCUACCUACGUCGCGCGGGCGGUCGCCCUGAGCAAGUCCGCUUGCUGAGCGACUACGUCGAGACCCAGGCGGACGGGACGCCAGGCGGGCUGUCGUAUGUCCGGUUCCUGGAGGAUCUCAAGAAGAGCCUGAACUGUAAAUCCGCCGAGAAGAUCUAUAUCCAGGUGCUGGACAUCACCACCGGGUUCGGCAGCAAGGCGCAGAGUAUCACCUCCGAGGGUUUAUGGGUCGGAGCCCUCCUGACCACCGUUCGGUACAACGGUGGUCCGAUCGAGUUUGUUGUAUCCUUGGAACGCCCCAAACCAGUCCGCGAGCGGGCCCCUCUCCCUGAGGCCCGACAGCUCCCCGCGCCGCCCACCGCGCCGCAGGACAAGCGCCCCGGAACCCCUCGACCAGGGCCCGUCCAAGCAGUAACAGCAGAAGGGAAAGGCACCUCCUCGCUGGUGCCAUUGGCACCGAAGCCCCCCGUCGCCGCCGCUGUGCCCGCUAACCCGAGCGCUGCUGCGCCGGAGAAGGAACCAGCAAUCCUGCCGCUGAAAGCAUCAUCCGUGCCCUCCAGCCUCCAUAACAUUCUCAUCCUGUCGUAAACAGCGGGACAACAAGCUGGUAUCAAGCAACCAGUCAACCAGGCACUUUGUAAAAGUCGGCAAUCAUUCAAUCAAUCGAGACGGUCUGAGCAUUUCCCGGGAAUGCUCCGCUGCUGCUUUGGCGGAGAAGAAGGAUUUGGAUCGGCGGGAUUUUCGGUAUACUCUCCCUCUUGGAGAGAAUCAGCGGG